CUCCUACUCCCACUACUACCAUUAUUAGUCCUUCCCCAUGUUGCUUCGUCUCCCAUAACACGCCUCAGAACAAGAGCCAAAACGUAUUCCUUUGCGCCGCCUCGUUCGUCGCGGCCUCCGCCACCACCGGCCGAACAUGGCGGCGGCAUUGUGCGGGCUUGAGUGCGUGCUGUGCUUGGGGUGCUCUCGUUGGGCGUGGAAGCGGUUCGCCUACGUGGGCGCCUACGACAGCGAGGCGUGGCCGCAGGCCACGGCCGAGGAGCUCGAGCCCGCCCCUCGCGUCUGCCGCGUCGUGCUUGCCAUCUACGAGGAUGACCUGGCCAACCCCAACUACGCCCCCGCCGGCGGAUACCGCAUGGACUCCUCCGGCGUCGUCAAGCGCGUCCCAUACGACGAGAUCCCCCACGGUCGCUGCCCUCCGUACCUCAUCUACGUCGACCGCGAGCACAAGGAGGUCGUCCUCGCCGUCCGCGGCCUCAACCUCGUCCGCGAGAGCGACUACAAGGUCCUGCUCGACAACCGCCUUGGCCAGCAGAUGUUCGACGGCGGAUUCGUCCACCACGGCCUUCUCCGGGCCGCCACCUGGCUCCUCAACCGCGAGUCCGAUACCCUACUUGACCUCUGGCUGGAGCUUGGCUCCGAAUACAAGCUCGUCUUCGCUGGCCACUCGCUCGGCUCCGGCAUCGCCGCCCUCAUGACCAUCAUCGUCGUCAACCACCGCGAUCAAUUUGGGGGCAUUCCCAGGAGCCAAAUCCGAUGCUACGCCAUCGCUCCUGCCAGGUGCAUGUCACUCAACCUCGCCGUGAAGUAUGCCGAUGUCAUCAACUCCGUCAUCCUGCAGGAUGAUUUUUUACCAAGAACACCAACACCCUUGGAGCAUAUCUUUGGAUCUAUUUUCUGCUUGCCCUGCUUAUUAUGUUUGGUUUGCAUGAGAGAUACAUUUAUUCCGGAAAAGAGAAAGCUCAAAGAUCCAAGGAGGCUUUAUGUUCCCGGUCGAAUAUAUCAUAUCGUUGAGAGAAAGUUUUGCAGAUGUGGAAGAUAUCCUCCAGAGGUGAGGACUGCCAUUCCGGUAGACGGAAGAUUCGAGCACAUUGUGCUUUCAUGUAGUACCACAUCGGACCAUGCAAUUGUAUGGAUAGAGCGUGAAGCACAAAAGGCUUUAGAUCUGCUGAAGGAUAUGGUGCCCAAAACCGCUCCACCAGAACAAAAAAUGAGUAGGAAUCUGAGUCUUGAGCAAGAACACAAGAACGCACUGGAAAGAGCAGUGACCUUGGACAUACCGCAUGCUGUGGUGGCCGCAACAGGAGACCACAGUGAGGUCACCGGCGCUGCGCCUUCUCAAGGUCAGGAAGGCACAACUUCAAGCAAUGGUUCAAAAUCCAGUGGCAGAACCAAGUGGGAUGAAUUGGUCGACAAGCUCUUCACCAGGAAUGAAUCAGGAAACCUUGUUCUGAAGAAAGACAUGAACACAGCAGAUGGAUAGCAGGGCUUUUUCUUUCCUUCUCUUUCGGCAUGUGUUGCAGAGUCAUGUAUCAUUCUUUUGCAGUUGCAUGUCAUUAAUUGUUUGGUCUUUGAGUUGAGGCAUUGAUGUAAAAAUAAGUUAUUGGAAUCCAUGUUUGAUGCAAGAAAUGUAAGCUUGUCAAUAAAUUACAAGAACCUCAUCCGAUUUAGAA